UGCAGUACUACUACAGCACCUCUCCCAUCUCAGAUACUGAAAGUGUCACUCGCCGCCGCAGGCUUGUUGAAUUGUACGUUUUAAUUGUUUGGCAGGUGACGGGGACCCGGGACAGGCAUGGCUGGCGCGGCGGCACCGAAGCGGCAGGACACCCGAAAAUUUUUCGAGAAUCUGUCCGGUGCCGGUAAAUCCAUCGCAGUGCUGACCAGCGGAGGAGAUGCCCAAGGCAUGAAUGGGGCGGUCCGCGCUGUCGUUCGAAUGGGCAUCUACGUGGGAGCAAAGGUCUACUUCAUCCACGAGGGGUACCAGGGGAUGGUGGACGGUGGAGACAACAUCAAAGAGGCGACAUGGGAAAGUGUCUCCAGCAUGUUGCAAGUGGGUGGCACAGUCAUCGGCAGCGCUCGCUGUAAAGACUUUCGUACCCACGAGGGCCGCUUGAAAGCCGCACACAACCUCGUGCAGCGCAGCAUCACCAACUUGUGUGUGAUUGGUGGAGACGGCAGCCUGACGGGAGCCAACCUUUUCAGAGAGGAGUGGAGCGGCCUGUUGGAUGAGCUCCUCCAGCAAGGUCUGAUCGAUGAGGACGCAGCCCGCAGUAACUCGGAGCUCCACAUUGUUGGAAUGGUCGGCUCCAUUGACAAUGACUUCUGCGGCACCGACAUGACCAUCGGCACCGACUCGGCACUGCACAGGAUCAUUGAGGUGGUGGACGCCAUCAUGACCACCGCUCAGAGCCACCAGAGGACAUUUGUGCUGGAGGUCAUGGGCAGGCACUGCGGAUACCUGGCCCUGGUCAGUGCCCUGGCAUGUGGAGCAGACUGGGUUUUUAUCCCAGAAAUGCCUCCUGAAGAUGGCUGGGAGGACAACAUGUGUCAGAAACUGUCUGAGAGCCGAUCUCGAGGUUCCAGGUUGAACAUUAUCAUAGUUGCUGAAGGAGCCAUUGACAGACAAGGACAACCCAUUACCUCUGAUUUUGUGAAGGAUCUGGUGGUACGCUGCCUGGGUUUUGAUACUAGGGUCACCAUCUUGGGCCACGUGCAGAGAGGUGGGACCCCCUCUGCCUUUGAUAGGAUCCUGGCCAGCCGUAUGGGUGUGGAGGCAGUGCUGGCGUUAUUGGAGGCCUCUGCCAGCACCCCGGCCUGCGUUGUGUCUCUGGUUGGCAACCAGGCUGUUCGACUACCACUUAUGGAGUGUGUUCAGAUGACCCAAGAGGUACAGAAGGCCAUGGAUGAGAAGAAAUUUGAAGAGGCAGUGAGACUGCGUGGCAGGAGCUUUGAAAACAAUCUGAGCACCUACAGACUCCUCUCCUACCGGAAAGCAGAUUCUGAACUUCCAAAUAGCUCCUUUAACGUUGCAGUGUUGAACGUCGGCGCGCCGGCAGCAGGUAUGAACGCCGCUGUGCGUUCUGCUGUCAGAGUGGGAAUCACUGAAGGCCACAAAAUGUUUGCUGUCAACGACGGCUUUGAGGGAUUCUACAAGGGACAGAUCAAGGAGAUCAAAUGGGGAGAUGUUGGUGGUUGGACUGGCCAAGGAGGGUCCCUGCUAGGGACAAAACGAACUCUUCCAGGCAAACAUCUGGAUAAGAUCGCUGAGCAGAUUAGGAUCCAUAACAUCAAUGCCCUGCUUGUCAUCGGAGGAUUUGAGGCCUACGUGGGAUUACUGGAGCUAUCUGCUGCUCGGGACAAAUAUAACGAGUUCUGUGUGCCCAUGGUUAUGGUCCCUGCCACCGUCUCCAACAAUAUACCUGGUUCAGACCUCAGCAUUGGCUCAGACACCGCUCUGAAUGCCAUUACUGACACAUGUGAUCGCAUCAAGCAGUCAGCCAGUGGCACCAAGCGGCGGGUCUUUAUCAUUGAGACCAUGGGGGGCUACUGUGGCUACCUGGCCACUGUGGGCGGUCUGGCUGCAGGCGCCGACACAGUCUACAUCUACGAGGAGCCGUUCGACAUCCGGGACCUGCAGGCCAACGUGGAGCAUCUGACGCAGAAGAUGAAGACGACCAUCCAGAGAGGCUUAGUGCUCAGAAAUGAGAACUGCAAUGAGAACUUCACCACUGACUUCAUCUACCAGCUGUACACUGAGGAGGGACGAGGAGUGUUUGACUGCAGGAAGAACAUCCUCGGUCAUAUGCAGCAGGGAGGAUCUCCAUCACCAUUUGAUAGAAACUUCGGCACCAAAGUUUCUGCUAAAGCUAUACAAUGGAUCACACGGACGCUCAAAGAGUCUUACAAAGGAGGGCGAGUGUUUGCGAACUCCGAGGACACUGCCUGCCUGUUGGGGAUGCGUCGCAGAGCUCUGGUCUUUCAGCCUGUGGCACAGCUCCGGGACGAAACUGACUUUGUCCACAGGAUCCCUAAGGAGCAGUGGUGGCUGAAGCUCCGUCCACUGAUGAAAAUCCUGGCCAAGUACAAGACAAGCUACGACGUGUCCGACUCCGGCCAGCUGGAACACGUGACCCGGAUCCGACCCAAAGAGAGCAACACCUCGGCAACCAUCUGAACCAACGCGCUGCUGGAGCAGAGCUUCACUCCAACAAGAAAACCGCUUCACAAAACAGUGACAGCUACUCACACAAUGACUGACUGCAAAUAAAUUAAGGUAGCUUUUAAAAGUUAGUAGGUAAUUUUAAAACAGUAUAUUGUAUGGUAAACCUCAUGGCAAUUUCCAGAAGGGAUCUUCUAUAUUUUAAAUGAUAUUUAGAUGACAGAUUCAAUUUAAGGGUUCAGUCGUUUAGAAUAGAGCUCUUUACGUAGUUUCAACAAGCUAGCACAGCCGACACUAUAUUUUCUAGAUCCCCAAUCAAAGAUAUAUAUAUAUAUACACACUCAUUAUGUACUGUACAAGUAUUCAAGUUUUAGUCCUGAAAAUGUGAGCAAACAUCCGUGUUGUGUAAACGCAGCGAGGCGGGCGAUGCAUUUAAAGUCUAGCUUGUGUCCUUUUAAUUAUUUUCUACAGCACUUUAAGCCCCAUAAUUAAUGUAAAGCUGCUUAUAAAGAGAAUAUAUGUCAGGAGGAUCACAUGCUUUCAGUCUAAAGUCAAGAUGAAAACCGAGACCUACAGGAGGUUUAGUGAGCCGAGCUGGCCGUGUGUGUGUGUCCUAUAACUUGCUAAUUGUCUGAGUGUGUGUGUUGUGAUGUUGCCUUUGCAGUUUGUAUCCACCCUGGGCUUUCUAUGUGGCAUCUUAUAGUGGUACUUGUGAGUAGGGUCCUGCUGUGUCUGUAGUUUGGCAGUGAAGUGGAGGAUGUCUGAAACUUGUACGCAACACUAACUUUAUGUGCUGGCAGCGUGAUGUGAGUGUCCUGUCACAGAGUAAUAAAGCAUUUAUUGUGUGGAAAGUUA